AUUCAGUGAAUAAACACAUCAACACAAAGGUCUAAACAUCUGGAAAGUCCUGGAGGAAGAGAAUGGCUGGACUCAUCUGGAUUCUGCUUUCUGCGUGCCUGCUGGGUUGUACCUCUCAGGACAUCACAGCUGAGUCUGGACAAGACGUCAUUCUGACAUGUCGAGCUCCAAACAACAACAUCCAGACUGUGGAGUGGAGCAGAGCUGACCUGGGAGAUGAAUAUGUCUUUUUGUAUCGAGACGAGCUGUUUGUUACAGAAAACCAGCAUCCAUCUUUUAAGAACCGGGUGGAUCUGCAGGACAGACAGAUGAAGGAUGGAGAUGUGUCUCUGAUUCUGAAGAAUGUGACGAUUAAUGACACUGGAACAUAUGAGUGCAGUGUUAAGACAAAAACAAAUCGCAGGAAGAGAGCAAAUCUGGAUAACAACAUCAUCAGCAUGAUCAGCCUGAGUGUUGUUGUUCCUCCAGGUCAGACAGGAGGACACACAGAGGGUGACUGCGUCGUACUGAUCGCAUGUCUGUUAGUUUCUGGUGUCUUUGUUGUCGCUGCUGUUGCUGGAUUUGUGAUCUACAGAAACCAUAAAAAGGCAAAAGAAGUUCUUACUAAACUUCUAAACUCAUCCAAAUAUCUCAGACCGCUUAUCAUUAAACAGUCUCCUGCUGCUGUUCCCACUUCCCAGUGUUGUCAGUGAACAUACACAGCUGGAACUUCACAAUGAAACUGAUUUGUGAAAUGUCACCGACAAUUAAAACUCUUUGUUAAGAACACAGAGUAUCUUUUUAUAGUGUAAUGGAGUUUAACUGUUGACCUAGUGUGUGAGAGCAAAGAAAACAGAGAAUUUUGCUGUUUUAUCAUUUAUUAUCCAGUUAUUGCUUCAUCCAGAUCACACAAUAUAAAUCUGAUUCUGAAUCACUUUAACUAAUCUCUCAGCAUUAUUACAAUAUUCUGCUCUUUACACUGGAUGUCUUUGCUGCAGUGUUCAAAUAUUCAGCUUAUUUUUACAACCUGUGCCUGUGCAGAUAUUAUUUAGCAGUGACCUGCAGUUGUUCAGAAGCUCUAACUUGAACAAAAGUUAGAAAAAGUUUGUUUUUAAUGUGACAGCUGCUGAUUCGAGUCUGAAACUUGAACUUGAUACACUUGAAGCUUUGCUGUCAAACAGCCUGAUGGAGACGACGUGGAAAUCGCUUCAGUUUGUUAACAGAUUAAAGUGAAAUUAAUUAACUCGACUGACUCAACCAUCACUCUUGGUUUGUGUUCAGCAGCAGAAAUGUGAAUUUCAGAGAUCAGAAGAUUAGAAUCAACAAUAAGAACUUUUAUACAUUUUAAUAAUAAUAAUAAUAAGACAUUUUAUUUAUAGGCGCCUUUAAGACUCUCAAGGUCACCUUACAAUAGCACAAAAAGUUCUCUGAAAACAGACAUACCUGUGACAGUGUGAUACUCAGUUUACACUAUGGUAAUGUUAGAGCUGGGCUUUAACAUUAAUGUACUCCCUCAGCACUGAAUCUAUAUGGCACUUAAAGCUUCAGCAAAAGUUACCAUGCUGAUUUAUCCAGGUAAAGUCACAGCCGCUUUCCUGGUACUGAAAACUGACUAUAAGCUAAGACAAUAUUUGCCAACUGAUUAACCUCGCUAGUAGUACGCUCCUCAGCUGAACUAAGAUAAUAACAAAUAGAUAAAAAAUCAAAUCAAAUCAUGAAAAUAAAAAUAAAAAUAAAGAUAAAGGCAAUGAAAAAACCUACUUACUCUUUCUGUGUUCCAGCCUCAGUAAAUUUGACACAUUAACAUCUGCUGUAAAAUGUAUCUCACCAGUGUAAGCUUUUUUUUGAUACCAAGAUUGUUUACAUGGACUUUUCUCCAUUUAUUUUGGGUUUGUCAUUUUCAAAGAGGAAGCUCAGGCAGCCUCGUUGGGCUUAACAGGAUAAACUUUAAUCACGGAACUUUUGGAAUAGGUGUUGGGAUGAAACUCCAUUAAUUAUAAAUGUACCAUGUGUGUUUUGGCAGUGCCAGGAGCUCUGCCAUCUACUGUCAUCUACAAGUAUUGUAUUGUACACAGGUAUGAAUAGACUCAUGAGCCACAAAAGACUGAAGUGCAACCUGAUCGACAUUAUUAAUUUAAGGAAAGUAUGAAUCUAAUGAGGACUUAUGAACAACUGCUGUAGUCUGAUCCUGUGACGUGUCUCUUUCAUUGCUUGUUGUUUAGUAAAAAAAAAAUGCUUGCAUGUAAAACUCAUAAUCACAAUAAAAGAAUAAAAGCAGAAAUGUGAAAAUCAUCUUCAUCACUGUUGUUUCUGUUCUGGUUUCUUUCUUUCUGAAGAAGAAGAUCUUCGUACAUUUUUUGAACAUCAAACAUUGAUUUCAUUGUGACACAUCUUUACCCUGCUAUAAAAAUCAGGUAUGUAAUCAGGCUUCAUGUCAGUCGUCCACAGAAUAAAGUCCUGAUGUGUUUUUGUUUGUCUGUUUCUUUCAGGUUGAAUUUAGCUCAUCACCCUGUAACAUUUAAUGCUAUGUGGGUGCACUCUGCAGCUCUGGCUGUUGCUGAGUGCAGUUUUUGACUGAGUGUGUAUCAGAAAAAGAAGUUUUUAAUUUUCUUAUGUGUCAGGAACUGGCAUCACCCUAUGAAGCAGUAUUGCUGCCAUGCAGAGUAGAGUGUGCACAAGUCAUUGUUAGUCAAAUGAAAUUUGUAUAUUAUAUUUACACUGGUCACUUUAAAUCAGAUCAGGGCUAGAGAAAAGUUUGAAACUCAGCAGUACACACUGUUCCUGUGUUUGUGAUGUUUGGAGAAUCAUGUGAAUGUUCACAAUUAGAAAUUCCCACCAAUGACCACCUUAACUCAAAAACACACUGGAAUUCUCAG